AUGAAGGCUGACGACCCGAAAAAGAAGACGAAGACUGAAGACCCGAAGGAGAAGACGAAGGCUGACGACCCGAAGGAGAAGACGCAGACUGAGGAGCCGAAGGAGAAGACGAAGACUGAAGACCCGAAGGAAAAGGCGAAGACUGAAGACCCGAAGGAGAAGUUAAAUUAUUCAAACGGCGAUCUCUUCACCAGCUUAUAUCCGUAUCGUUUUUCGAUGACAAACCUAAUGAGAAGAUGCAACCAAACAAAAGUGAUUUUAACAUGA